CAUGCCGAGGCAAUCGCUAGCCUCUGCGCAGGUAUGCCUCCAGAAUCUGAAAUGGAAGAUAUAUUUCGGAACCGGAGCGAUUGGUGGAAUGGAUGGCGGCAAUCCCUGGAUUUAAGCUGGGGUGAGGAGGAAGAUGCUACGCUCGAAUGCUUUGCAGUGCGAGCCUUUUCCUCCGGGCACCCCUCGCUGUUGGGAAACUUGCUUGUUUGCUUCGCCAUCAGCGCAGGCGAUCACUUCAAGUACCUCCCACUCGUCGAAAGAUGGAUCUUGAAUAACGACGAGCUGGCUGGCAGUGAAUCUGGUUUGCAAUGUCUGAUGGGGCUCGGUCUGGUCCUGCUCAGUAUCAUGCAGCCGCGUCGUGCCUGGCAUGUCUAUCGAAAAGCCAACACUUUGCUACAGCUAAACGGGAUCCAUCGGGAAUGCAACAGAUCAAAGAAAAUCGACUCAAUCUUUUGGCAGCUGUUCCACGCGGACCGUUGGGUGAGUUUGAUUGUGGGUCUGCCGUAUUCCGUCUCGGAGAACCUUUGCAACUUGAAGAUCCCACCAGUCGAUGCUAUACCACCGGCCACGUUUCAUUACCGCCACUUUGCAGUUUUGACCGGCCGCGUCAUUGAUUGCUUGCAAUCCAUCAACGGCUUGUCCCUAUCCACUGUCACUCAUAUUCAGGAGCAGAUGGACAGGAUCACCUCUCAACUCCCACCCGGCUACAUCGACCUAUCGCAGACAAUAACAUGCUCUGAUGAUACGGAAAAAUACAUGCGUCUUAUGCGCAUUUCGCACGUCCACCAGCUUAAAUCUCUACUGCACCUCCCGCUCUUCCUUCGGCAAGACGGGGACGAGGAUGUGCGUGAGUACAGUCGUAAGGCCUGUGUCGCAAGCUCACGCGUCCUGCUGGAAGCGUACCUGCAGAUCCACGCUGGCUCGCUCUUCGUCAACGGGAUCACCGCCAACCUCGAGUCCUUUGCGGCUUUCACGUCCGCAGUGAUACUGUUUUUCCAUCUUCUCGGCUACGGGCAAUCUUCUUUCUCGAAAUAUCAGCAGCGGUCCUCUAAUGAAAGCACGGUGCGGAAUGAUGAGCAACUUAUACAAAGAGCCCUGGAGGCCCUUAAGAAUGGCUCUACCGGCCGAUCGGCUUUGUUGUGCCACUGCUGUUACACGGCGUUAGAGGCGCUGGUGACUAGUACUCGGGCACUGACAGAAGGAGGCGUUCGGAAUGUCGUCUUACCGUUUUUCGGGACGGUAUCAGUCAACCGU